UGGAUUCUUGCACCCCACCACCAAUAACAGCUCGAAACAUGUCAAACACGGCAGAAAAGGUAGCUGAUAAGCUGCCUUCGAAGGAAGAGCUUAAGGAAGAUGUCAAGGUUGCGACCAAGUCUUCGCUGCAGUCCCUGCGUGCGCUGAUAGCUGGAGGCGUUGGUGGUGUUUGCGCGGUAGUCGUGGGCCAUCCGUUCGACCUGGUCAAGGUGCGAUUACAGACGUCAGAGAGGGGCGUGUACACAGGCGCCAUGGACGUUGUGCGGAAGACAGUCGCGAAAGAAGGACUUGCAAGGGGAUUAUACGCCGGUGUCUCUGCGCCUUUGGUCGGUGUCACGCCUAUGUUUGCUGUCUCAUUCUGGGGUUACGAUGUCGGCAAGCAGCUCGUAUCCAGUGUUUCGACCGUCAAGGACAACCAGUACAGCGUCGCGCAGGUCUCAGCCGCUGGCUUCUUCAGCGCCAUCCCCAUGACCAUCAUCACCGCACCCUUCGAGCGCGUCAAGGUGCUGCUCCAGAUCCAAGGGCAGAAGCAACUUGCGCCUGGCGAGAAGCCCAAAUACUCCGGCGGUGUGGAUGUCGUCAAGCAAUUAUACAAGGAAGGAGGCAUUCGCUCCGUGUUCCGUGGCUCCGCCAUGACAUUGGCGCGUGACGGCCCUGGAUCGGCACUCUACUUCGCGACUUAUGAGACAGUCAAGAGGAACCUGACCCCGAAAGACCCCGUGACCGGCAAGCCAGGACCACUCAGCAUGUCUGCAGUCAUGGUGGCCGGUGGUGCUGCUGGAAUUGCCAUGUGGAUUCCAGUGUUCCCCGUUGACACCAUCAAGUCACGGUUGCAGAGUGCUGAGGGCCGACCAACUAUUAGUGGCACCAUCAAAGGCAUCCACGCAAGCGGCGGCCUCAAGGCUUUCUUCCCUGGCAUCGGACCCGCCAUGGCACGAGCGGUACCUGCGAACGCGGCAACCUUCGCCGGUGUCGAGCUAGCCCAAAAAGCCAUGACGAAAAUGUUCGACAGGGACGGCGAAUAGGCCUGCAUCUCAAGCCUCUGUUCUGUAAGCUGUUCUGCUGUCUUCACUUCUUCCUCUUGUUGGAUAACGGAAGGCGUUGUCGCAUCGCACACGGCGUCCAUUUCUCUACCAAUUCUGCCCGCCACAUGUGCAUAGAGGGUUAUAGAUAUGAUAUAUGUCCAUCAUCAACUCGA